AUGGCAGGAUCAUCUGAAACCACUUCAUUCGCUGAUCAAUCAACAUCUGUCGUCAUGCUGAGCAUCAAGCCAAGUCAAAAUCUCAUCCUUGAUGUUAACUCUUCUCGCUACCAUGAAGUUCUAAGGCUAAUGAUUGAAUGUUUAACGUUCUCGUCACUGGGUCAAGCUCUAACAAUGGCAGAAUCGUUUCCUUUGAGACUUGUGGAGAUUCAUGACUCUUUACUCGUAGUCUCAGUUUGCCAACAUCUCUGUGAAAAACUUAAGCCAGUCUUUGCGAUGUUGAAUCAGACUGAGGCAGUUUCGGGUAGCGAUGCUCUUCUGAAACUAGGGGGAGACAAAGGUAAUGAAGCUUCCGCAUCAAGUAAAGGCAAAGAAAAAGUAUUGGAUGAAGAAGAAGAACAACAACAACAACAAGAGCUUUUAGAAGGAGAAAAGCUUCUGAGAAAGAAGCGCAAUAGGGAACUCAAUGAUCUCUUACGUAUUAGAAAAGAGUUAGAAGAUCAAGAAAAGGAAGCCAAAAUUUCUAAAGUCACUCUUGAAACUCAGAAAUUGCUCUUUCCACCUUGGACAAUGGACCGAAUUCAGAGGGAAGCUAUUGAUGAUCCGAGCAUUCAUUGGCUGCAGCCUUUGGUUUCUUUUGAUCUGAGUAAUAUGGCAGAUUCUCAACUUGAUUUUCCAAUCACCCCUAAGGCUUUUCUGUUUCGAUGCUUUGAGAAGAUUGAGAAGGCACCACUCUCGGACUAUGAUGUUAAUCAUAUGCUCAUCUCUUUCUAUGCCAACCUCAGUUCAAGACUUGGAGCUCGUAGAAUAUUAUUGCUUUGA